AUGGCUAUCUUCCGCCUCAGCAAGCUUUUGGCUUAUUAUGCAUUCAUCCCAGCUAUUCUAGCUGCUCAAGUUGGUAAUACUGACCCCAUGACAAAUCAAGGUCUUCUCGGAGACCUAGUUGGAAUGCCAGUAUCCAACCUCACAAACGCUGGCUCACUACUCCGUGCUUGGCUUUUGCACUCAGGUAGCGCAAUUGGUCCUGAUAAUCCAGGUGGGACAUCUUGGAUAAAUGAAAUCAAUGACUACUAAGUCCCAUACUAGAACCACAGCCAGACUGUGCAAUAGAUGUUUGUUGCCCUUGGCAAGUCUCUUCAGUCACCGUAUUUACCCAAGUCUUCAAGCUAAUAGAACUGUCAAGGUAUGCUGUAUCUAAAGAGUUGUCGACACUCUUUGUUAACUCAACGACAAAGGAAUGUACCGAUGAUGCUAGAGCCGCAGUUCGCCUCGGGUUCCACGACGCUGCUUCUUGGUCUAAGAAAAGUUCGGCUCAAGGUAUAGACAUUGGUGGAGCCGAUGGAUCUUUCAUUAUUUUCCCGAGAGGAGAAUCGUCCAGAAAACAAUGGACUUCAAGACUUUGUAGGAAAACUUGUGGAUAUACAUUCUAGGAACCCUGGAGUCGGAGCAGCAGACCUCGUUCAGUUCGCAGCUCAUCACGGGAUUGUGUCCUGCCCUCAGGGACCACGUAUUGUAUUCUUUGCUGGUAGAAAGGAUGCUACCGUGCCGGCUCCACCUGGACUUGUUCCGGAUGUCCACGACAGUGCUCAAAACUUGAUUGAUUUGAUGAUGGACAAAACCAUCAAUGCACAGGAUCUUGCUGCACUUCUGGGUGCGCAUUCGACAGCCAAGCAGGUAAGUUCUCCCUUCCGUCUCGGCUCUCAUAUCCAAAAUGGUUACUGGAAAUGCUGACUCUGAAAUUCCUCACAGUUUCAUAUCGACGAGGCCCAAUCAGGCGCGCCACAAGACUCAACACCUGGCAUCUGGGAUACGAACUUUUAUAACGAGACUCUCCAAACCAAUGCUACUACUGGUGUCUUUCGAUUUCCAUCUGAUAUUGCUCUCUCCCAAGCUCAGAACAUGAGUGAACCAUGGAAGGCAUUUGUUGGAGCACAGCAAUUUUGGAACCAAGUAAGCUGUAGCCUAAACACACGAGCUUACCGCCAUACUAAUCUGCUCAGGAAUUUGCACUUGCAUAUACUCGUAUCGGCCUCUUGGUGUGA